AUGCCGCAGCCACAGGCGCGUAAGAUCACUUGUGACUCAUCCGUGCUGUCCACGGGUCGCUCCGGCGCUAACCCUGGAACAAACACGGCGACGUCCGCCAAGGAAGAGUCACCUCGGCCCUCUCACACUGUUCCUCACUCCUCCACCUCCUCCACCUCCUCCACCUCCUCCACACAUCGUUCUCCACUGCCGGAAGAUCAUCCCGCCAUGAAUCCUAGCGCUCUUCGAGGAGAUGGACUGUUCAGAGCCCACAGAGCUCUAGCAGCGCUGGAAGAUGAUCCGCAGCGACUGGAGCGUGCGAGACUGCGGUUCAGCGACUCUCCACCAUCGUACAGAUCUCACAACUCACACAAUUCAACACUAUCUCAGAGCCCCGACCCCCCCAACGAGGAACAACGACGUCGCGAGGAGCGAAAAUGGCAGCUGAUAGGAGAGCGGCAUGCCUCGCACCCCUACGAUCAAUUUGAAGCGCAAAGGAGCGAGGAGCAAGCAUGGCUCUACGAAGCUGAACGAAACGGGAUCCGCUCUCAACCCGUCCAUGUGGACUUCUACAGACUCGCGUACGAUACUGUCAGGAAGCGCUGGGAAGAGCAGGGCAUCUGGAGUGACAAGUGGAACGAUAUGGCCGACGGGGUGUGGAAGCAUGAGCAACCGCUCGAGUCUGAGCCGGAGAUGGACACGGACACUGCAGAGGCGCGCAAUCCCCCAUCUCUUUUCUUCGGUCUUCCGCAGGAGCCGAAGCCGCCACGGGUCAAGAGCGAUGAGGAGCAGCGACAGUUCGCGGAGCGACGAGCCAAGCAGGAACGCCACCGUGAGGCUUCGCGGCCAUUCCAUCAAUUUGUCUACCAGUUAUCAACAGAGCGCGAACGAAUUCAAGAGGAAUCCGGGGGCGGAGCCGCCGUCCUCCCUGCCCCCACCGACAUAAACACAAUGGCCUACGCACGUGUCAGGGACACCUGGAUCAAACGCAAGAUUUGGAACAACGACUGGGGUACGCUGCCUGGAAUGUCCUGGAAGCAUGAGGAUCCCCUUCCGGCCGACGUAGCUAACGCGGCUGACGAGCCGGCUCCCGUUGACGCGAGUCCUCCCGAGAACGGUAGUUAUGAGGCUGAAUCUCCUCUCAGACUCAUUACAGGAAGUCUAGUAACAGAUUUUACGAAGAGCGGCAUUUUCGCAAGACGUGCUCCCGCCAAACUAAACCAUGUAGGAUCCAGCGUUUCCAAUGCAUCGUGGCAGGGGCCACCGGCGGACGUUGUAUCACCCGGCCUGGAGAGCCGCGACCCCGGGCGUGGCAGGCUCGUCGCCUCCUCGAUCAAGUCCUUUAGCCGAAGCAUGAAAAUGUCUUCCGAUACCAUCAUUCCAGAGGAAGUCAGUUCAUCUCUCCUGGUCUCCGGGGUUGACAUAGGGUAUUGGGCGGCCCGGUCCCAUAAGAAGUACAUGGUCGAGGCGUUUGUGUGGUCUGUUCUUAUCGUCUGCGUCUUCAACUCUCCAUUCAGGUUGUUUGGUCGGGAUUACAGCACCAUCUGCGACAUGUUCACAUUCAUGUUCGGCAUCCAGCAUGAUGGCCAAUGGCCGACUCCAUCCGAAGAGGCGGAGCGAUGGAAGUACACAACCGUUGAGCAACUCACAGAGAUGGUGGACCGGGACGUCAUCACGCGCGGCGCUGUCACACACGCGCACCAGGGUCUCGAAAACAGCAUCAUGAGUGCACGGCUGGUGACUCGCAAUGCCAUUGAAGGUAAUCUCGCACGCCUCUCGCCAGGAAAGGAUUUCUCGCAUGUCGAAGGCAUCGUGAACAAGGCAUUCGGACUUGCGCUGCAGAUGGCGCUCCAGCGCUCGCGUCUACAGAUCGUCUACCCAGAGAUCGGAGACGUGUAUACCCUUGGAGAGACACCAGCUUUGACGAUCAUUCACGAGAGCGAAGGGGUGGAGAAGGGGCGUGUGGCAUUCAUUGUGAACCCGGGACUGGCCAAAUGGGGCGAUGCUUAUGGCAGGCAUCUCGCACGCCUCUCGCCAGGAAAGGAUUUCUCGCAUGUCGAAAGCAUCAUCGUCUACCUAGAGAUCGGAGACGUAUAUGCCCUUGGAGAGACACCAGCUUUAACAAUCAUUCACGAGAGCGAAGGGGUGGAGAAGGGGCGUGUGGCAUUCAUUGUGAACCCGGGACUGGCCAAAUGGGGCGAUGCUUAUGGCAGGCAUCUGGAGCAGCGUCUUGAUCUCGUUCCUCCUUUGGUGUUCGUUAAGGGUCAGGCUGGAGGAGAGACGAGCGAGGCGGAUCAUAUGAAGAGACGUGACUUAGAGUUCCGCUCGAGUAAUAGUUCCCCUGCCGCGCUAAGACGGUGUUGA